AUGAUGAUUUCAAUUUCAUAUCACACAACGAAUAGCACUCGCAUCUUGCAAAUAAUUUAUAUAAAUCUACUUGUUUAUUUAUUUUUUCUUAUAGCUUAUGUUAUUUGGUUUGACUUUUCUAAUUUUCUAAUAAAACCUAUUAACAAUGAUAAUCAUCGUCAUAAACGUACAUCAUUUUCUGUCUUAAAUAGAACAUAUACUGAAAAGAAUAUAUCAAUUAAACAUUAUUUUAUUAAUCGUUAUUGCAUAAAAUAUAAUGGUAUUAAACAACCAUUUCGAUUUAAUGAACAAUCUGGUCAAAUUGAUAUUAGUGGUAAAUUACGUAUAGUUGUAUCCAUUGAUGCACUUGAUUCUUUAACACAUCGAUACAAUGGAUAUAUAUAUAAUAGUUUUCCUCUAUAUUUUCAAAUUAGUUGUGCAGUUGGUUACAUUCUUACUUGUAUUACUCUUCUUUCAAAAACAUUAAUUCCAAUAUUAAUUACUCGACUCAGUAAUGCAACUAAUUAA